UAAAGAGACUACCUAUGUCUGACGAUGCUAUAAAGCAAUUUGUGGGCGUGACAGGCAGCUCUGUUGAAGAUGCUAUAAAAUACCUCUCAAUAUGUGACAACAAUGUAAGUUUGGCUGUGGAAUGUUUUGUUGAUCAGCAACCACAUUCCAAUGGUUCCAGUGCAAAUGGAGGUAGCAGUUCUCUGCUCGAAGAGGAGGAAGUUCGUGCUCCUAUACCAUCCAGGACAGACAGAUUAGUUGAGGAACAUGUGCGUGUUGGUAGAGUUAGUAAGCAACCUGCCAAUGCAUUUGAUGCAGCUCCUGGUCAGAGAGAUUUCUCAACGGCACUCUAUGCAAACCCACUUGCUAAAAGAAAACUAAACGGAUUGGCUGCUCUAUUUAAACCCCCUUCUGACAUAACAUUUGUUGGGACUCUUGAAAGUGCUAAAUUGAGGGGCAAACGUCUCAAGAAGUGGCUUCUUGUAAAUAUACAGGACAUAACUGAUUUUCAAUGUCAAGUUUUAAAUCGUGAUCUGUGGAGUAAGCCAGAAGUUAGAAGCAUGAUUGACCAACAUUUUGUCUUCUGGCAAAUUUACAGAGAUUCAAUGGAAGGUGAACACUUUCUCCGGUUUUACAACUGUCUCUCGUCUCCCUUUAUCGGUGUUAUAGAUCCAGGGACAGGUGAGCUGAUGAGACAUUGGACCUUUCUCACAAAGGAGGAGUUUCUCAAUGAGAUGACCUUGUUUUUGUCAGAUAACUAUUCUGCUCUCCUCUCCCCAGUGAUGAGCUCGCCUCCUCCUUCAAAACGACCCUGUAACAGCAGAACUAGAGGCAUACUGCACGACAUCACAGACUCCGCAAUGAACGGUUACUCCAGCAGCGCUCACCCCAGCAGCUCCCUCUCAACCAACGAGGAAGUGAUGAGGAGCAGAUCACCGUCCCCUACUCCUGGUCCCUCAUCAGCAGCCAGUUCGUCACGUGACACAGCAGAACCACCCUCAACCUCACAACCCAGAAUAGUCAACGGGGAAAUCAUCAGUCCCGUUCGGAAACCCAGUUCUAAUAAACACAAAGCUACUGUGAUAGACCCCAGUAUGAUUAGCAUAACAUUCCGGCUCCCUGAUGGAUCACGUGACUAUUUAAGUGUUGGGAGAUCGUCCCGGUGCAGGGAUCUGUACCAGUGGUUGUCAGGGAAACGGUUUAGUGAUCACGUGAUAUGGACGCAGUUUCCUAAAGAUGUUAUCCCGAAUGAUGGGAGUAGUUUGAUAGGUUGUUUGGGAUGUAGUAGAGUAAUGUUGUAUGUCGAGGAGAAGGAUUGAGUUAUUUUGAGUGUGCAAGUUUUUAAUGAUCUGCAUGGAUAUAUUGUCGUUUUAAAAUUAUAUUUUCAUAUCUCUGAUCGUGAAGUUUAAUUGAAGUUAAAUUGCAGCGGAAAAUUUGGAAUAUAAUGUACAAAUUUCAAUACUUGAAUAAAUUUGAUGUAUAAAAUUUCAAGAAGCUCUUUGUGAUUGGAUGUAUUACUUUUAAAAUGAUAUUCAACCGCAUCAGGAAUAAAAUUUAAAAAGCUUGCUAAUACAAUAUUGUACUUUGAAUUGUUCUUAAAUAAUUACGACAAUUGUGACGGAAACAGAUUACUCUGUAAGGUUUCAUUGAUAGACUAGCAGACUAGAAGUAAUACUGUUAUUAGUUUCCCAAUCAUCUGAAUGUGAUAUCAAUCCAGUAAUUUCUUGAAAAAUCUAUUCUUUAAAUAUUCGAUGAUAUUAGUGCCUGUAUUAACAAUCUUAAUUAUUUAGGUUUAAUGUGUUUACGUUAACUGCAGCUGUGGCGUUUCUUAAUUUAUCCGAAUUUUCUGUCAAAAGACGUAACGACUACAGCUCCAGGCACUGCAGAGAAAAGGAAUUAUCGGUCGAAGAAGUUGGAAGACAUAAUUAUGAAUCUCUAGUCGAUCUGGAGACUUGGUCAAAGGAAUCUGGUAAUCCCGUACCGAAGUCUUGUCAAAGUCCUUUUGCUUAUCCUCCAAAAUCCCUGCCAGUAAGUUUGAAGUUAGAUAGAUGGGCAGAUCAAAGCCAUAUUCGUUUCCGUGAUACAAAUUUUUAUCACUCACCCGAUUUUGAAGUCGAACUUCCUCCAAAAGAAAUACCAGAAUUCAUUCCUGAACUUUUCUCUAUUGGAAAGAUUUUAUCUUGGGCGAUGAGAGAGCAAGUCGAUUUGGGACACGUAGACAUGUUCAUAUUAAGUUGUGCCUUGCGUGAUAUGGCUUCAAUUGCAACUUUAAGUCGAUGGGAAGGUAAUUGGGAAUAUGCAGUAUUUUGCUACAAAGGAAAGAUAUUUAUCGACAGAACUGUUGAUGGCAGCGAAAGAUACUGGGAAGAUGGAUUGAAUGAUCCUCUAAGUUAUGACCAUAGGAAAUUGCUACGCGAACCGCCUAGUAAACCCUUGUUUCGAGAAACAACAGACUCAGAAUAUGAACAUACACGAAGUACAUACACAGAAUAUGAACAUAUCGGCUACAUUGUCCCAUAUUUCGAUUAUUCUGAUACUCUGAAAAAGGAGUGGGCACCGUUACAGUACGGAAAAAAGUUUGAGGAUGUAUUAAGAAGUGGGGGACCUGGAAACCCUCUUUACAACGGUAUAGAUGAGAGGUUGAGAAUGGCAAAAUGCAACAAGCUUAUAACCCUCAAUGGUCACAAAGUAAUGACUGCUACUAGACUAAGCUGCCAAGAGCCAAAAGGACCAAUAGACAAGCCGGAGAACAUGGUAGAGAUGAAGAUAAUGGUUCAUAAAUCGGAAGAAAAAUUUGCUAGAUUUAAGGCGUUAAGUUUAUGGAUACAUUGUGCUGUGGUCGGCAUUGAUUCUGUGUAUUGUGGAUUUCGUUCCAAAGAUGGACAAUUGAUUGAUAUCAAGAAGUAUACCAUGACCGAAUUAGCAGAACUAGGUAAGGACUAUUGGUCUCCCAAUGAAAUCCUUGUAUUUUUGGACACAGUCUUGUCUUGGCUAAAGGAGAAGCUCAACAAAGAUACGGUCCGAAAUAAGAAAGGAGACGAUUGGCUUAAAGAUGAGUUGAGUCGUGAUGAUGGAGCAUCGUUCACCUUGAGCUACUCAGGGAAUGAGCGCAUUAGAUUGGUAAAGGGUGAUCAUCCAGAGUUGAAGAAGAUAGUUACGGAAAGAUACAACCACGUCGUGCACCAAAAUGUUGUGACUGAUUGUUCUGAAGAUGUUCCUGAUAAUUGGGAUGAUUCAGACUAGUAGUCAGGCUUUUUUAGUAUCCUAUUGUGUUGAUUUUUGUGAAUUGCAAAUCCAUUUCAAUUUUUAAACUCAAUCAUUUUAUAAAUACUUGUACAACAUUUUAAAUUCUAUAAUGAUUCAUCAGUAAUUUUUA